AACUGGCGACAUGAAUAAUCUCACUUAGUGAGGACAUAGACGACUCAUGGUUAUUUCACACAGGAAGAACUUGCAAGACUUCUAGUUGACUGUCAUUCUUUGGUUCAGUAGGUGGAGCCGGUCUUCCUCAUUAGAAUAAGGUAAACAGAUUCAACCCAAUUAUAAAUGGCAAAAAGUAUGUGCCCUCCAUCAUUGAGAGUUGCAGAGUGCCGACUGGCUGGAGACUUUGGGUGCAGCCACGAGAAGUGUCAGAGCAUGAGUUCCAAGUCAAAAUCUAUAGGGAUCAUCGGAGCUCCUUUCUCAAAGGGCCAGCCACGAGGAGGGGUGGAAGAAGGCCCUACAGCACUGAGAAAGGCUGGUCUGCUUGAGAAACUUAAGGAACAAGAGUAUGAUGUGAAAGAUUAUGGGGACCUACCCUUUGCUGAUGUCCCUACUGACAGCCCCUUUCGAAUUGUGAAGAAUCCAAGGUCUGUGGGAAAAGCAAAUGAGCAACUGGCUGGUGUGGUGGCAGAAGUCAAGAAGAAUGGAAGGACGAGCUUGGUCUUGGGCGGAGACCACAGCUUGGCCAUUGGAAGCAUCUCUGGCCACGCCAGGGUCCACCCGGAUCUCUGUGUCAUUUGGGUAGACGCUCACACCGAUAUCAACACUCCACUGACAACCACAAGUGGGAACUUGCACGGACAGCCUGUGUCUUUCCUCCUGAAGGAACUAAAGGGACAGAUCCCUGACGUACCAGGAUUCUCCUGGAUGACUCCCUGCAUAUCUGCCAAAGAUAUUGUGUAUAUUGGCCUGAGAGACGUGGACCCUGGGGAACACUACAUUUUGAAAACUCUGGGUAUUAAAUACUUUUCAAUGACUGAAGUAGAUAAACUGGGAAUUGGCAAGGUGAUGGAAGAAGCACUCAGCUAUCUACUAGAAAGAAAGAAAAGGCCAAUUCAUCUGAGCUUUGAUGUUGACGGACUGGACCCGUUUUUCACACCAGCUACUGGCACACCAGUCCUGGGAGGUCUGUCUUACAGAGAAGGUCUCUACAUCACAGAAGAAAUUUACAAAACAGGGCUACUCUCAGGAUUAGAUAUAAUGGAAGUGAACCCAUCUCUGGGGAAGACACCAGAAGAAGUCACUCGCACAGUGAACAUAGCGGUAGCACUAACCUUGGCUUGUUUUGGAGUGGCUCGGGAGGGUAAUCAUAAGCCUAUUGACUACCUUAGCCCACCUAAGUAAACGUGGGAACAUCAAAUAAAAAUCUCACAGCUAAUGACGUAAUUAGCAAAUCUAAUAUUUACUUAAGCUUACAGUUAUCCUCCCAAAGAUUUGGUCUUUCAGAAAAAUGUUUUGCCUUAGUAAAUAUUAGUACAAUUAGGAUAAACUGUAUCAAUUUCCUCUUGGUGUAAAAUUCAAGAUUUGGAAAUUCUAACUUUUGUGAAAUUAGAAAGCUUAUAUUUCCCAUCUUGGCAAAAGACUUAUCCUUAGAGAAGUAUACAUUAAUUU